AUGGACGGCCGUCCCUCCAAGAGACAGCGCAGAUCAGGUUGUUCAGAAAGUGAAUCGCAAGGCGCAUCGGGGAAUUCACGCCCGGCCAACAUCAAACCGUUCGCUCUUUCAUCGCGUCCCAAAGCUCGCUCGCGACCUUCGGCCUCAGCUCCGUCAACUCGCGUUCCCUCGUCCUCCCCAUCGCCUACGAAAAAGUCCGGAACCUCGCCCAAACAGACCCAAUCCAAGUCGUUACACAACUUUUUCCAGCCGGCUACGGACGGGCAACGAUGGUCCUCGCAAAAGUUCGAGGCCCCAGCACUCGGCUCGGUAACAGAGGCCGCUCUUGAGGAUGAUGCCAUUGAGGACGACUAUGACUCCUACGAUGAAAUCUUUACUCAGCAUAUGGUGGGGCGGCCGGCGGGUGUGACAGACGACGCCAAUUCCACUCAGGAGCGUCGGAUCGGGUCAAAACAGACAGCUAAUCCACGGAAAAAGACUCAUCACUCCAAACGAUUUGUCUUGCCCGACUCUGAUCGAAGUACUGCCACUCAACCCAGUGCAGCUCGCUCAAGGGAUUUGGACCAACUUCCGUGGUCGCAACGGUUCGCGCCGUCGAAUCUGGACGAGUUGGCCGUUCACAAGAAAAAGGUCUCCGAUGUGCAAAAUUGGCUGGAAGACGCUUUUGCGGGAAGACGAAAUGAGAGGCUACUCGUCCUACGAGGCCCCGCGGGGAGUGGAAAGACGACGACUAUAACGCUGCUUUCAGAAUCACUUGGAUUCGACAUUGUCGAGUGGAAGAACCCUCCGGUGUCCGAAUUUACAGCCCGGGAUUACAUGCCCGUUAGCGCCCAGUUCGAGGAAUUUCUAGGACGCGGCGAUCAGUUUGGAGGACUAGAUCUUGAAUAUAUUACCAGCGUUGAUCCGAAUACUGGGGAACGCGACUCACAUUCUCGCUACCGCAUUCUCCUAAUUGAGGAGUUCCCCGCCGCACUGAACCGCGCAUCAUCCAGCCUCACAGCCUUCAGAGCUUCACUUCAGCGUUACCUUGCUGCGUCACCCGGUCCACCCGUCGUGAUCGUCGUGUCCGAGACCCUGCUCAGCUCGGCAUCGUCGAUUUCAGACAACUUGACGGUGCAUAGGUUGCUUGGGCCAAGCCUGUAUAAUCACCCCAUGACAACAAUGAUCGACUUCAAUAGCAUUGCACCCACAUUUAUGCUGAAGGCCCUACGGUUGAUUCUCGAACGUGAGGCUCGAGCAUCAAGACGUGUCCAUAUACCUGGUCCAGGGGUCCUGGACCGGAUUUCGGAAAUUGGAGACAUCCGCAGUGCAGUCUCGUCUCUUGAAUUUCUCUGCCUAAAGGGGGAUACGGUGGGGAAAUGGGGAGGCAGGUUUACCAAAGCAAAGAAGUCUCGAGAUGUGGCAUUGACGCCGAUGGAGCAAGAGUCUUUGAAAAUGAUCACCCAGAGAGAGGCGAGUCUUGGGAUGUUCCACGCCGUCGGAAAGGUCGUCUACAACAAGCGGCUGGAUGCAAGUCUGGUGCCAAACGAGAUUCUUCCGCUCUCGCCCCCAGAUCACCUUCACCACCAUCGGCGACCGAAAAUUUCGCAGGUGGCAGUGAAUGAGCUGGUCGAUGAGACCGGAACCGAUAUCGCAACUUUUAUCAGCGCCCUGCAUGAGAACUACCCUCCGUCGUGUGAUGGAGCUUCUUUCACCGAUUACCUCAACGGAUGCAUCGAGGCGCUCUCCGACAGCGAUAUUCUCAGCGCCGAUCGCAGACCUACGCAUGCUGCGCGGGACGGAAUCGGAAUUGGGGUGACCUCUGUCAACGGAGGAGUUGACGUGCUGCGACAGGAGGAAACCUGCUUCCAAGUGGCAUCCCGCGGGCUUCUUUUCGCCCUGCCUUACCCAGUCAAGAGACGGUUGAGCCCUGAAGGUGGACGAAGCCGCGCCGGGGACGCAUACAAGAUGUUUUAUCCGUCGUCCUUGCGCUUAUGGCGAGAGUCGGAGGAAAUCGACGGCCUGAUCGAUUCGUGGUCGAGGCUACUGCUCGAUCCCUUCAGUCCGCCGCAUGACACAAUAUCUACAACCGAACUCGCAGGUGUCAAAUCGUGGAAAAGCCACCGGUUCGGUUCGUUUGGUAAGCCCGGGGUCAGCGAUCCGCACUCGACGGUCGUGACCAUGAUGUCGCGACAUGAUCUACUGCUCCAUCAGCUGCCUUACAUGGCCCAAAUCCAGCGCCAUGGGCCAGAGAGCUGGCAAUUGGAUAAGAUUACGAAUAUUCGGACCAGUGACAACCUUCGUGAUGAGGGCAUCGACGAGCUGGAGGACCUACCACAGCCCCAGAUGCCCCAUCACAGGAGCAAUGCGUUUGGGCCUCGGAUGCAAGAGGAAGAGAAGCUGAUUCUUAGCGACGAUGAUAUUGUGGACUGA